CUUUUAAUUUGCUUACUUUACCAAGAGAUACAAAAAAAUGGCAGCAGCCUUAGAGUUACCGCCGGGUUUCCGAUUCCAUCCGACCGAUGAGGAGCUUGUGAUGCACUAUCUCUGCCGGAAAUGCGCGUCUCAGCAGAUUUCCGUUCCGAUUAUCGCUGAAAUCGAUCUCUACAAAUUCGACCCCUGGGAUUUACCAGGUAUGGCCUUGUACGGAGAAAAGGAGUGGUAUUUCUUUUCACCUAGAGAAAGAAAAUAUCCAAAUGGAUCCCGGCCGAACCGUGCGGCGGGAACCGGUUAUUGGAAGGCGACCGGCGCAGAUAAACCAAUCGGUUUACCAAAGGCGGUUGGGAUCAAGAAAGCAUUGGUGUUUUACGCAGGGAAAGCCCCUAAAGGAGAGAAAACGAAUUGGAUUAUGCAUGAAUAUCGAUUAGCCGACGUAGAUCGAUCUGCACGCAAGAAGAACAGUUUGAGGCUUGAUGAUUGGGUGUUGUGUCGCAUAUACAACAAGAAAGGCGCAAUUGAGAAGCAAGGGCAAUACAGUAACCGAAAAAUAACGAAUUACUCGUCAUCCGAAAUAAUCGAAGAUAAGAAGCCGGAUAUUAUGGCGCCGCCGCCUGCACCGUCAUCAGGGAAUGGAGGAAUGGCGAAUGAUUAUAUUUAUUUCGAAAGUUCCGAUUCGCUACCGAAAUUGCAUACAGACUCGAGCUGUUCGGAGUUCGCGGUGACACCGGAGUUUAUGUGCGAGGUCCAAAGUGAGCCAAAGUGGAAAGAUUUGAAUAAUAACAUGAAUGUCCUUGAUUUUCCAUUUAAUUACAUGGAUGUCAAUAUAGAUAAUGCUUUUGCUUUGCAGUUUUCGGGAUAUACUUAGAUGUUUUCAUGUACCUAUAGAAACAUUUUGAAUUAGUGGCGGCUGAUCAAUUUGUUUUUAUGGAGCUAAUCGCACGGUAGCACGAGACUAAAAGUCUAUGAGUGUGCCUGUGUGAGAGCAUACAGAACCAUUUUAAAAUUUAUCCCAAUGAUGGAUUAGAAGAUGGUGAAAAAUUAUUUGUAUAUUGUAAGAAUAGAAAGUCAUUUGUUGGAAAUUAUAUGUUAAACUAGGUCGAUGCCCGUGUUUGCGGUGAUUUUGAUAAUUUUAAUAAUAAUAAUUUAAAUUCAUGCUA